GUAGCAAUGCGUCUGGUAUGCUGUAAAUGAGUCAGAAUACAUGUGUAUACACGGUCGUACAAUUCGGCUGUGAUGCUCAGUCACGCUUCAAGUGUCAACAAUACAUACUUUCCGUACACCAAAUAUCAACAGGGUCGUUUGACCUAAAUACAGCUGACUAAUACCUGUUGUGGAAGAACUAGACAGGACUGUCUUUAGGGAUUCGUAACUUUACCUAAGCUCUGUAGUGUGUUCAAAAGAACCCAUGUGUAUGGAUAAUGUCUUGGACUAAAGAGUUUGGUAGGAUGACGAGACUUCCUUCGUCCGUUUUGGGACCUGUUUUGAUGGGCGUGUGUAUAGUCAUACUAACACAAAGCACCGGACAAGUACAAGGACUUACGUGUAUAAACUGCGCAGACUUUGUCAUUAACGGAUCAGUAACUGGGACCUUGGUGACUCCAGUCCUAAACGUUAUUCCAGGAAUCCGGGAAAAGAACUGUCGGAGUGCCAAUGCGGAUUCAAACAUUGAAUUGACCACGUGUCCACCAAAUCCGACCUCCGGGGACCGUGUUUACAGAUGUGGGGCUUAUACCGGCACAAUCAAUGUUGUUGGGCCUUUAAACAUUUUUGAUAUACCUGUCCAUAUAAUUGACCGCGAAUGUGUUUUGGUCUACAAGGGGUUGACUGACGGCUGCCAUCCCCAGAGCUUUGCACAACAGGACGCUGCUACCUUCCAGAAAAUCUUUGAUAGACUUGAUAGUUUGGGAGCCGUUAGUUUCCGAGGAGGUUUAUGCCUGUCAGGCGAUGUAUCCGCAGCCUCUAACAUAAAAUUAGCACAUUCUUUAGUAGUUUUACUAAUUGCUCGCUAUGUAUAUAUGUUUUUAAAACCGUCAUGAUUAAGAUGUACGCGUGGAAUGUAAUCUCUGUGAGGAUGGAAUUAUGUUUUAUUGUAUGUCUGUGAUGCCUGAUUGAAGGAGAUACUGACUUUGAUUGUUAGGGUUUAUCGGAUAUCAAUAACUAGGUACAGCUAUCAUCCACAUGGGAAAUGACCUUGACAGUCGUUUGAACACUUUGUGAGCUUUGGUCAGCCCCUGUGUAAGUUAGAUUAAUACAAUACUUAAUAUUCUUGGGGUGAGACGGGGGUCUCCAUCCAAACGGGUGAAAUCUUGAGCUGGAAAACACCAGGCUUGCCGAGAAUAUCAACCCGAAGGUUGAUAUCACCUUCUCUCACUCCCAUGGGGGUGAAUGUGCGUCAUUGUACUGUUGCCCAUGACGUAUUGUAUUAUUACCGUUGCAUCAUACAAUUGUUGAGGGCGUGCAAAGAGCACGUGUAGAUUGUAUCUACUCUAGGGUGAGAUAAGAAGUCUUACACAGGUAAAAUCGGGAUAUCAAUGUUCGUGAUAAGAGAAAUUAUUGUAAACAUUGGAGACAUUGCGCUUGUAUCAAUCCGCUGAUACUUACCUUUCUCUACGCCCUUGUAAAAUAUCAUGAUCAGACUGAAUUCUCUCACUGCUAUGCCCUGCUUACCUAGAAUAAUUCUUAUCAGUAAAUUUUCACCAUUUUUAUUUCGGUGUAUCGAACAUAUAUACGCAACCUGAAAAUGGACAGGUAUCAGCUUUGUUAUUAUUUAGUUUACAAUAAACAGGUAUCAGCCUUCUUAUUGGUCAGUAACUACCAUGCUAGCACCAAUAAUACUGAUGUGAAAAUAGAUUCAAUGUUCAAACAGCAUUAAUAUAAAUCAGUCAUAAUGAUAUAAUCUCUAUUAGUAAGAAUACAAGACUAAGUGUAUUUUCUGUGGUACUCUAUCACCUCAGUAGGACUACAAGUGUAUUUUCUGUGGUACUCUAUUACCACAGUAGGACUACUAGUGUAUUUUCUGUGGUACGCAGUUACCCUAGUAGGACUACUAGUGUAUUUUCUGUGUUACUCUAUUACCACAGUAGGACUACUAGUGUAUUUUCUGUGGUACUCAAUUACCUCAGUAGGACUACAAGUGUAUUUUCUGUAGUACUCAAUUACCUCAGAAGGACUACAAGUGUAUUUUCUGUGGUACGCAGUUACCCUAGUAGGACUACUAGUGUAUUUUCUGUGGUACUCUAUUACCACAGUAGGACUACUAGUGUAUUUUCUGUGGUACUCUAUCACCUCAGUAGGACUACUAGUGUAUUUUCUGUGGUACUCUAUUACCAUAGUAGGACUACAAGUGUAUUUUCUGUGGUACUCUAUUACCACAGUAGGACUACAAGUGUAUUUUCUGUGGUACUCAAUUACCACAGUAGGACUACUAGUGUAUUUUCUGUGGUACUCUAUAACCUCAGUAGGACUACUAGUGUAUUUUCUGUGGUACUCAGUUACCUCAGUAGGACUACGGGACUACUAGUGUAUUUUCUGUGGUACUCUAUUACCACAGUAGGACUACUAGUGUAUUUUCUGUGGUACUCUAUCACCUCAGUAGGACUACUAGUGUAUUUUCUGUGGUACUCUAUUACCAUAGUAGGACUACAAGUGUAUUUUCUGUGGUACUCUAUUACCACAGUAGGACUACAAGUGUAUUUUCUGUGGUACUCAAUUACCACAGUAGGACUACUAGUGUAUUUUCUGUGGUACUCUAUAACCUCAGUAGGACUACUAGUGUAUUUUCUGUGGUACUCUAUCACCUCAGUAGGACUACUAGUGUAUUUUCUGUGGUACUCUAUCACCUCAGAAGGACUACUAGUGUAUUUUCUGUGGUACUCUAUCACCUCAGUAGGACUACUAGUGUAUUUUCUGUGGUACUCUAUUACAUCAGUUGACUACUAAUGUAUUUUCUGUGGUACUCUUUUACCUUAGUAGGACUACAAGUGUAUUUUCUAUGGUACUCAGUGACCUCAGUAGGAUUACUAGUGCAUUUUGUGUGGUACUCUUUUACCUCAGUAGGACUACAAGUGUAUUUUCUGUGGUACUCAGUAACCUCAGUAGGACUACUAGUAUAUUUUCUGUGGUACUCUAUUACCUCAGUAGGACUGCUAUUGUAUUUUUGGUGGUACUCAGUUACCUCAGUAAGACUACUAGUAUAUUUUCUGUGGUACUCAGUAACCUCGGUAGGACUACUAGCUAAUCCGUUUGUAGUACUCCCGUUAACCCUAUAGGUAGGUGUCGAAGUUGUUAUCCUAUGUUUUGUGCUCUCUAUACUACAUUGAAUUACACUUGGAUUCCUACGCCGAAUAGCAGUAAAAUAAUUUCAUUAUAUACAUGUAAUAAAUCAUUUAUAGACUUUUAUAAAUAUAUUUUACGUGAUCCAUUUGAUAAAAGCUUACUGUUUUCUUUAAUUCUAAUUGUCUGAGCUGUUUUAUCUACGCGACUUUAUUUUCUGAUUUACACUGUACGCACAUCAUACUUCCAUACUAGUACAUGUAUAUUGAUUUCAUUUCAGAAAUGUUAUGUGUAAACAGUGUAAACAAAUAGAAUAUUAAAUGAUUGAAUAUUUUACAUGUAAGAUAAUAUGCAACGUAAAACUCAUCCAUCGUAUGCCUACUGACUUUGUAUUUUUUAUUGUAAAACAAUGAUGUACUUACUUGAUUUGUUUAUUAUACAAUCACAUGAUAAUCAAACUAAUAAAACUAAAUAAAAUGAUUACAAUCUUGAGAAUGUC